AUGCGGUAUGUUGUUUCCAGUCAGUGCAUACUUAUGGCUUUGCAAAUUGGUCCUGAACUUCUUAUCUUUGUUAUAAUUCCGCCCUUUUGACUAGCCCAAAUUUUCUGAUUUUUGAUUCUCAUAAGCUGUAUCUAUUUACGCACUGUGUUUCAUGUGCCUUUGGUUAUCGGCCAUGAGUAAAUAAAAAUGAAUGAUAUGGGAUAUUGUCACUCACUUCUUACAUGCGUCUGCCACAAAAUGUUUGUGAUCGAAGGACAAUCGUCUUGGCUGUAAAGACGGUUUUUAACGCAAGAUUCGCGACCUUUACAGCCGUCUAAAAUGUCCACCGAGUGAAGGAUACCCCCUUCCAGUGGCAAUUCGCGAUGUGAAGAGCAGUUUUUGCGAAAAGUCACACGCCCUUAUGUCUGUAUCGAACGCGGAUAAUUGUUCUAUUUGACGUUAACGCACGAAAAAGCAUUUAUUGUGGCGCCCGAAAGGGACUGCUUGGUCGUUACGAAGUCUGCGCCUUCAACGACAACAGACGCAGCCCUAUCUUCCCGACUGCAGCCGCCGGACUACUCACCACCUGAUCGUCUUGAAUAUGCUGUUGCAAGUCUCACCAUGAAACUUUCCGCGAGAACUAUGGGUGUAAAAAAUGAAGCCCAACAGUUUCAAACACGGCAGAGUCCAGGCCAAAUCUCACCUGCCAAAUAAACACCAGUCUGCGGCAGAUUCAAGCUCUGGAGGCCGAAGAUGUUAGCCCCAGGUGUAACAGGCCAUGGGAUGCGUCCGCAUUACUGCCACAUAAGUCUCUAAACCCGCCAACCCAAAGCGUCUGAACUGGUUCGAUGACAACUACGAAGAACCCAACGUCCUCCCCACCCCCCCCCCUCCCGAAGAACUUCGCGCGACUGCUGCAAAGAAGGCCGCAUUUCCCUGAUGUCGAAGCCCAGUAACCCAGAAGCUGUGGGAGGUUGGAAAUAACUGAUUAAGUUUCAAGCCAGGAACCACCUUGACAGUUGUGCAGUCUGGAGUUCGCAACUGCCUAGGUGAUAUGCAGGCCCCAGCACCUCGGAAACUCGUUGUUUGGCUUAGAUCGAUCAAACUUGUCGGAAACAUCGCAGAUUUGGAGCUCCAGGUCGAAUAUCAUAAGUAAGUUCUCUAGCGCCCGUCUUUGGUAGUGAAGAGGGUCAUCAAUAGAUUCCCUCGAAUAGAAACCGUUGCUGACGUUGAUCGCCAACCCUCCCUACGGUAGAAGGUAAGGACAGGGUGCAGAUUAGGUCCUAAAAACGCCCUUUUCGUUUCAACGUGCCAACCUUGACAUUCCAGGGAAUGUAGAUACAAUGCACCAGUACCUCGAGAAAACCACUAUUCUCAACCUCUGCGAACGGAAAAGGAAUUGUCAUGUUUGCGAUGCGAGAUUUGCUCCUCAACAUUACUGACAGAAUUUUUGCCUGCAUUCUGCAUCUACCCGAAUCUUCAUAUGGAUUCAUAUGAAUAGGGCGGCUUCCGGAGACACCGUGAAACAACCACCAUGAUGUUCGCUGCGAUCCAGUCGUAAAUUAAGAGAAAUUGUGACUUGCUCCCAAAACACUUACUUUUAUCCCCAAGAAUCCUGAUGACCGAGUUGCUAACGUAGCAGACGAGCGAUUAGUCUUAGAAGCCUUUACGGGCCCGCUGCUCGUCAUCCUCAUGUUUUCAUGAGUGGCACAUGCUGACUAGAAGCUGCUCAGAAUCCGUUGCGCGCGGGCCGUCACGACAAUCCUCAAAACCAGGAUACAUGACCUCUUCAUUGAAGAUAACAUUAAAUACCACGACUGACGCGAGCACGUAACUAGGUCUGGCUCCUUUUUGUCUCGGGAUUCACAACUUCGGACUAGUCAUUUACUUGAGCGAACGAUUAUAAUGCACCAAACACCGAAUCUACGACAAUUGUUGACAAAAAUCACUUGACAGCCGUAGAACAGUCCGGGCACUUAGAAAUCCCAAGGAGUAUCAACCAGGCCACCCUUUGCUUCUAGUUCUGCCUCAUCCACUACACUGGGUGUCGUUUUCGACGAGGGAUUAUCUCAUGUCUCUAUUUUAACUCUACCUAAGGUUACAUUGCCCAGUUGAACACUCCCCCUCCCAGAGCUACUGCCCAACCAGUUAGAGCCACUCUUUAGAGUAAGCUUAUUAAACUCGUUGUUUGCUUUUUUUAGAAAUAGUUCGGUUUCAACACUUCCAUAUUCUGAGCAACUUCGAAAUCAACAGCCGUCUUACUUCCCCUCUCGGUCGGGCAGGGAAGAAGAGUUACUGGCCAAACUUGUUCGAAUUCAUGGGACAGACUGGGAUCUCAUUGCGAGGCAUUUCCCACCCUGUGGCACUAGAACGCCGACUGAACUACGAGCACUCUGGAACCAGUACAGACAGACUAGUGCAAUAACGGUACAGCAGGCCAGACAUUUUCGACGCAAGAAUUGCUACCAGGGAUCAGAGACGCCUCUCUCUACCCAUCGGCAAGUUUUUCUGGACUGCAUGCUUUCCAGUUUCAUAAAUAUGGGUUUUCGGCUGUUCCCUCUCAAAAUCACUGAGGACGGGACGGUGAAAGUUAAGUGCCUUGCCUGGUGUGGGUGGCCAAACCCACACAUCUGACUGGGAGAUAAGACCCUGCCAUGCCCGCUUUCCUACAGGACGCUCGCCCACAGUCAGCAGCGCUUUUCCAUCACUUACAGAUGUCAUGAAAUUCGCCAGCAAAGUCCUGUAAUGCGGAAGCUGCUCGCGUCUCUCAAAGAUUUUCAGCAUGAAGAAAACGACCGUCAUUCAAAAAUAGAGAGUCUGGUCUAGGAAUUGUCACUUACUAACUGGGAAUCGAUUUUUACCAAACGAUAGUUUCACAAAAUAGGUAUAUUGCACACCAUUUCUUUAAGGCGAAAUACAAACGCACCGAAAUGAGAAAAUAAUAACGAAUCAUCAAACCCUAUAUCAUUGUUCGGCCGGUUUUCCUUUCGUAUAAAAUAAACCUUCCGGAAAUCGAACCGGGCAAAUUUUUUAUGGCGAAGUGAUCGGUACAAUUAUUAUGCUCGGAAUCAAGCUUCAUUUGCAUUUAGAGAUUUUUUAUUCGCUUGUGCCGGUUUCUUUUCGUAGAUGCGAAAGUAUUUUGCAUGGGAUUGAGAUCGGGGCCGUUAGAAGGAAUAAAAAUAGGGUAAGAUGUGGUUAUGUAACCGCACCUGAUGGACAUAAUAUUGUUGACCUACUUAAUUAUUUUGAGUUGUCGUGAUUACGUUAGCAUGGUGUUGUUGUGCGUCGCGGUGUGUGUUCAGUUGGCCGCGUUUUUUCUUUGUUGUCGUGUCUACCUUUUGCGGCCCAUUGCCGGUGGUCCUUUUUGACUUUCGGCCUGUCGUUUCCUUCUAACUUUCGCGUUGGAUGUUUCAGGGCUUAGGGUUUAGGGCUGCAGUUAAGGUUAAGGUUGGGGUUAGGGUUAGGGGGGUUUGGGUUAAGUGUUAGGGCAACUAAUUCUCAACCACUCUAAAUACAAUCGCUCAUUUCUAAUAGCUUUUAUUUUGCAUACAAUUAGUCGACCCCGUCGCCUGUGCGUUCCCCGGCCCCUCUUGUAAAAAGCCCUAUUACCACCGGUCUCGUAUUACAGGUGGCUGAGGUUUGUUUAUCUUAAGUGUGGCUAUAUAAUCACAUCUGGCCAAAAGUAGUUCAAAAGCCCUAGUCGAAGGGACCGGUCGCUGUCUGACAAAACUGAAUCGUAGUUGUAAACGUCAUUGUAAUUAUACUUCUUACGAUUAAUGGACAGGAGCAUUAUCCUGUAACAUCAGGGUGUCCAUUCGACGUCGAUGAAUGUCGUUGUAACCGAAGGCGUUCCUUGCGGCGUUGAUAAACAGCUUGUCUGUUGUAAACUGUCAGGUUGAUCAUUCAUCAAAUUUGGUGACCACCAAAGCCAUCAGGCAUCAAUAGUUUUCAAAAGUUGUAGUCUGUGCGGUGUGUUACCGUGAGGAGUUUCGCAUUUGAACGUAUUGACCGCCUUCGUUGGUCUAAAAAUAAGACUCCCAUCCCAGAAGUAGGUGUACCUUCAGGCUAAAGAUCAGCGUAGUUUCUGUCCUUAAUGCAUGCCUUUAGUCCCAUAGUAUUUUACUGUAUAAUUGACCGGUUAGUGUUUGCAGUGGGUUCUCGGCUGGUAGCAAAAUUGCCUACAUUUGUAUUUUUCAAACAUGAUCCUUUGACUGAAUUCUUAAACUACGGAGUUCGCCAAAAAUCUAAUAAAGUGGUUUUAAAAUUUUCUUGGAUAUAGGUCCUCCGACUUUGCCAGUACUGGCCCCGAAAAUUUAUGUAUGCAAAAUGAUGCUCACUCGGCUGUCCAGGGCAAUCGUUUCAAGUCUUUCGCGUCUUCCCCCGUCUGCCCCCUCCAGGACCUAAAUCUGACCUCGGCCGUAGGUCCUCGCAGAACCAAGUCUUCCCAUGCAGAUUCUUCGGUAGGUCGUGUUGGUUAGGUGUACUUUUAUGAAUGAUUUCGCGUCCAUCGCAAUGCAGUAUUUUUAUACACCAUCAUUUUGUUUUGUCUCGGCUACUGGCGCAGCCCUUAAACUAUUGGCUUCCAAAGCGUUCAGAAAGUCAAGUGUCUGCAUUCCUUAAGCGCCUUACUCAUGUGCCUCUGUGAAGGUAUCUUCUAACUAUCUUGCCCGUAUCCUUGGCCGAUAUUAUGGGUCCUCCCCACCCAUCCCGUGGCAACGAUCCGUCUUUACGAACGCCACUCAUCCAUGCCUCAGGCCAAUGGAAUCAGUAGCAGCUUUUACGGGCCUGUCCCUCGUGCGAUGUGGCGAUUUUGCCUUCUCACACCCCCCUUCCAGAUCGUUCAGGUCACCGGGCCCGGAAAGUCCCCCGCGCACAUACUUUCGGCCAUGUGUGAAUCACCAGGCUCGUCUGUCGCCUUCGCCGCCCCCUCUCGCCACUGCCGCCCCACUUGGGAACUCCGACCUAAUCGCACAAUCCUUUCGGUUGCCUUUCGGGGUAUCAUCACUAAGGCCUCCGUGCGCCUAAGGUCGGCGUUGAUUGUCAACUAAUUUGCGCGUACUAGUGUCAGAUAGAAAUAAAUCCACCCCUACACCCUCUCUAAAAGUUUAUUGUCUUCCUAGGAAGCCCAUCCCGUAAUAUCGAGUUGGCCUUCGAGUGGGCGUGGAUAUUUUAACCAAAUGAAAAUUAACGUGCGUCGUAUAGACCCGAACGCAACAUUAUCCGCGUGCGUUCUCGAGGAUUGAUUGGAAUUUAUGGCCUUAUUACGUAAACUUAUCACCAGAUACUGCCCGAAAUCGAAAAUAAAGACCGCGCUAGCUAAAGAGAGAAGUAAACCGCAAGCGAAAGCUAUAGAAAACUUAUCCCACGGAGAAGGCCAUCAAAUCAAUGAAUAAGUGCAAGACAGAGAAGUAGGGUUGGUUUCCUUGUUUAUAUAGUCUGCGAAGCCUUCGAUAAUAACUUGUUAAGCCAUGCAGUAGAAAGCCCCAAGGCUUUUCGACACCUACAUAAGACAAUGGUUUCGAAAUGGAGACCCAAUCCUUUGUUGAAAACGGAUGAUGGUGUUGAAAAGACUAAGUUCUUUCAGUCGGUGUUUACGAGAGAAAAUGAUUUAACUGCUGAUAGAUAUGGUGUAGAUGAGGCCCGAAAAUUGACUCAAUGUUCCUCGCAAAGGCUGUUGUUAUACAAGAACUACCGAAGCUGAAAGACCCGAAAUUGUCAGGUCCUAAUAAAAUGCCUGCAAAGUUGUUGAAGUAAUUAACCGUAGAAUUGAUAGAACCCCUAUAUCUUCUCUCCCAAAUCUCGCUGCAGGCAAAUUGCCACCUGAGUGGAAGACUGCGUGGAUUUUCCCGAUAUAUAAAAGUGGCUGUCGUAAUUCCGCAAACAACUACUGACCAGAAGCCUUACCUGCAUGUUGCAGCAUUUUGGAGCGAAUUAUCAAGCUUAACCUGGUGUAGUCAUGAGAGUAACAUCAACUCUCCAACGCGCAGCAUGGAUUCUGCAGAGGAAGGUCCUGCUCAACCAAUUUGCUUCACUGUCUAGGACGCUGGACCCGAGCGAUUGAUGGAGGAAAUGUGGUGCAUGUAGCCUACAUAGGCUUCAAGAAGGUCUUCGAUGGUGUGCCUCACCAGCAUCUCCCAUACAAGCGUAGUCGUAUUGGGCCAGCUUUUGAAGUGAAGUAAAAACUUGUCGAUUUUUUGGUCUCAGAUUGUCCGCCUUGGCGUCCAGCAAUCAGCAGAGGUGGCGUCUGAGAGUGGAGUUCCUCUGCGCCCUGUCCUUGGCCCCACUUAUGACUGCAUCCGUGAGUUAGACUGCGACGUCGCUACUUUUGCUGACGACAUGCAGCUUCGGAACGCCAUCUGCAACGAAGAUAAAACAAAUUUACAGGCAAACUUGCAUCGACUCGAGCAGUGGUUAAACCACUGGCUCCUUCCGUUCAAUAUUACUAGGUGCAACAUUCUGCGAAUCGGCUGGACCUGCACUGCGCGCCGCUGGAUGUGUUAUCUGAAUCACGCAUCGCUACCAGAGGUAGGGGCUCAGAAAUAGCUAGGGACGUGGAUCACGCCCUCUCUGAAGCCAUCGUUCCACUUCUUGAAAUCAGUUAAAUCCACAAUGUCAAACUUGUAUCUCAUCAAGCGGGCUUUUGCAAAUUUCGAUAGUGUGCUUUGGUGAGGUCUUCGGGAUGUUCGUGUUAGCACAAUUCAAAUUUGCCAUUCAGGCCUGGAGACCGUAAACUGUCAAGGACCGCAUCACCUUUGAAAAAGUCCAGCGAUGUGCAACCAAGCUUGCCCGCGACCAAGGCUACCUGCCUUACGAAACACAGCUACGCGGUGACCUAACGCAAGGGUUCCGCAUGCUGUGGGGUCAGAAUUGUUGCCUCGCAUCCAGCGACUUUGAGCUGGCCGACGCCACUAGCUUGAGAGGACAUCCUUUCAAACUACGUGUGACUUGGGCGAGACUGGGUUCAAUGAGGUUGGUUACGUCAGGAAAUGCCCUGUCUACGUACGCCGGCAUGUCCCCGUUCAUGGACAGUUUCAGGAGGAAGCUUAACCACGCCAUCGGAAAUAAAUACAUUUCUCCCCUUGUAUCACCCCGAAAGUUAAAGGUUAUCAAGCAUACUUCCUGUGUUUUGGUAACACUGUUUUAUAAUUGUUUCGUGAAAUACCUCAUCGGGUGACAACGCGUGGUCCAGUGCAUUCUGGACGACGUACAAGUGUUCGUUUCCCUACCUCUUGACGCAUUUCAGCAGCGAGUUUUUAUAUGUCCACGAUUUUACCACACAAAGCAUACACUGGUAUACUAGUAUUUACCAGCCAGUUACACGCUGGUUGGAUGCAAUUCCAUAGCCAAUCUUCUCUCUAACGUUCUUCAUAUAUCGGUGUUCUUCAUUUACGACGUUAUGGUAGCCAGUAGGCAGUUCAAAGACGUUCGCCUACCUUCCCCAUAAUAAAAUAGAACCGAACUGAAAACCACCACACCCCCCCCCUGGUGUAACCAACAGCUGGCACGAAUUCUUAUCGGCGUAGUGCUCUGGAGCCCAUUGUACUCAUUGAAGGCGCCCCACCAGUGUCAUCUCAAUAGGCAAGCUGUUAUUGUCCUCACCAUCAUAAAAAAAAGUCAUGAUCCUCCUUAGGAAAACAUUGGGCCCAAGUUACGCGUCAUAUUCAGAGCGCACGUUCUGCCGGUGGCAGUAUUUGAUGAAAGGGAAUAGCACUAGCUUCGAGUGGUAAUAUUAGUUCACGGGCGGGUAUGGUGAAUGGGGAUUGGUGAAGACGUACUUACGAUUGAGUUUCCGUUGCGGCCAGUCGGUGAUACUCCCAAUGUGGACCCGUUGGCUCAUCAAAUAGUCUGUUGCUCCUCCGCCUUGCCCUCGUAUGGAAAAUCUGGUAUACAGAGGCCUCGUUGUCUUAAUUUAUCUUAAGCGCCGGUCGGGGACACCUGUCUGUGGAGUUCUGAGGCCUUGGAGGGUAUUUCGUUCACCGAUGCAUCCUGUCUGACAGCGGCGCACCUCUAAAAGUUUUGCCGACAGAUAGUAGCGAUAGUUCUUGGUUUGAUCCUUGUCACGUCUGUAUGGACCCUGACCCCCAGUCCCAAGACAAAACACCUAUUAGAAUCGAGAUUCCCAUUUUCUUCGUGCAAUCAGAGUUGGUUGGCACACUCCGCUCCAUAUGAGCGAAGCUCUUGCCACAUCAUGGCCAUUUUUUAUCGUAUGGUCAGGCUGAAAGUCAAUGCGAGCCAUAACUUUGCGCGGCGCAGUUAGGUUCUGCAGCCUCACUUGUUUGAUACCAUGUGGUUAGCUUCCUAAAACAAGCUUAGUAAAUGCGAAUACUUUACUACUAUCCCAUGUUUGCACCUACCUUGCCAUUUUAAUACAACGUGUGACUGUGUCACGGGAGAGGAGUGCUUAUACGCCACCCUCGGUUACAUCGAACCCCGCUUGCGCCUCUAUUAUACUAAUCCAGCGAGUGGCUAAGUAGAUUUGCUAAUGGAAUUUUUCGGACGGACUACUACUCCGUCGGUUUUACUACAAUGACCAUGCACUGUGAAUUACCACGCGGUCCCCCCCGUGGCCUUCCAUUUGUGAUUGCACCCUCCUUAUCCUACUAAUCCAGCGAGUGGCCGUGUCUCGGGAAGAAUGUGUAUACGCCACCUUCACGCGCUUCCGUGCGCCUGCUUCGAGCUCUUAUUGCGCCCGCUUCCCCUUCCUAAUCCGGCGAGUGCCUAAAUUACGUAUGCUGAUGGAUUUUUUUUAGUAAGCUAACUAUAUGCUAUCAGUCAAGUGGGGCUGCAGAACCAACUCCCCCCCCUUUGCGCUAUCGGUGAGAAUGCAUGAGAUAGUGUUGUUCCUCUACAUUUCUGUCGCUUCUCCUUGGCAUUCUGUGCGCGGUUGGUUCCAGAGAUUACAGUUUCACUUUCCACAGCAGCUCGCCAUACUUGAUCUUGCACUAGUUUUCCAUGAAUCCUAGUCGUUCGCGUUACGUUUGCCUGAGACCUAGGUAUAUUCGUACCAUUGCCGCUCUUAUCCUAGUAUACGGCCAAGGGUAACAAUAUCGUUUUACAACAAUCUGUAAGGUCCUCGCUUUACAUUCGCACGAGAAUAUCGCCUAUAUUUCUAGGGCUUUGCAUCUUCCGAAGCUUCAUUUACAGUCGUUCACGACACUUGGCGAAGGCGGCUUUGUUUACAGGGAUCCGGUUAUACGCAUAAGUCCGGUAGGUCUGACCCGUCCCGUAAAGUAGACACCAUAUUAUCUUAACGUUCUCCUCGGGCUAGUCGUGGUGGCCAUGGUGUCGGUCGCCUCGUGGCGUGCACCAGGGGCUUUUAACAUCUUCAUCCGUUGUGAAGUACAAUUUUUGUAGUUUUUUUUAUCCAACCCGGGGUAGACCUUAAUCUAGAUAUGGCCUUCUCUGAACCAGUUACUCCGUAAUAUCUUUCUUGCAUGGCUAACAAGCUCAUGACUGCGAAGGAGGUACGAUCGUUGGAAUAAGAGCUUUAUUAGCCUCAUGUUUAGGAUCCUCACUCGAAUCAGGCUAAUAGAACACUUGUUCCAGCGCUCAUGUCUCCUUCGCGAAUCCUUCCUGUAAUUCACCUCUCCGCAUCUAUUGACAAGGUCAUGACCAUAUUUUACUGCUCCUUUUUCCAAUUCAAUUUUUUCAAGAUUAAAUGACUUGUUUCUCUUCUGCUCUUCAGGUCUCGAUUAAAAAAGAUUUAGACGCCUGGCUAGACACUACAUCUGCCCCAAGUCCAAAGCUAGGGAGCUCUGGUUUUUCGUAAGUCUAUUUUGCAUUAAGAUGAUUAUGUGGGCUCUGGGAAUCUGGAAGGCUACCCCAACCGAUGGUGUUAAAGUUUGGAGGAAACUAGAUCGUUGGAUCGCGUACCUUUUUCGGUAUAGGUUCAUGCUCGAGAGCAUCCCUCCAGGCAGUGAAAGGCACACUGUCUUUGUGAACUCAACCGAAAUGGUCUUGGAUUCAUGAAAUGUGUAUGUGCAAGAUGCAUUUGUAGGCCUCAAACGAAGUCACACUUCGGUAUGCAAUUUCGUCUUCUUGGAAAUGCAAUCCACGACAAAAGAAAAGUAACGAAUAGAAAGUCUCCCGUGUCACAGAAAUUACAGUAGUCCGAAGACUAAAUCCCUGGGGAAAUGCAAAAAGCACAGGUACUGUUCCUCAUCGCCAACCACCUAUAAACCAUAAACACAACUAUAUUAGUGGACUUUGCCAGCUUGUUGAGACGCGCUAGAGUGAACUGAGUCAAGAUUGCGAAGUUUGCCGAGUUGCUCCGCGUAACUGGCCGCCCGCGCAGCUUUUUCCUGUGGGGCUCGCAAAAAUUCGAAGUGGUUAUAACCCUCACCAGGCUCCUAUUUAUUACGCCCACCUAUACUACUUGACUUGAGUCGCGCACAUACUUGAGGCAACCAACCGAGGCUAAAAGGGAAACCAGAAACCACUAUCACGGCAAGACGCCUGAGAAUUCGUUUACCAUAUUUGGUACAGUUAAGGGAACGGCAUUUGCCUGAGAUAUGGAAAGGUCGGGCUGAAAGCAUAAUUGUAGACAUAAUCUUGCAAAUUAUGGUUCAGUCAAUUUGGUCAGACCACACUUUCAAGUUCGGAAGGGCCAAAAGCCAGGUAAUGGAGUGAGAACCGUGGGGGUAACAAACUAUCCGGGUUAUGGUUCUCCGGCUCCGAGCCUAUCAUUAUACACAGCCACAGCCUGUGCGGAAUAAUGACUGCCUGUGAAGCGUAGUCACCCCCACAGGAGUCGUUCUGGUGAACAGUACGCCUUGGGGCAGUACUUCGGUUCACAGUUGCAGACAGACUCAGCGAUCAGUCCUUCGGAAGUGGCUACCUAAACAACUAUCGCGCCAGCUGAAGCAUCACGAUGCAUUCUUGGCGACUCGUAUGUUGACUAUCACUUGUUUUGCAACCACAUUCUCAAGAUUCUGUUUUCUGUGCGCCCGUCUCCGUUUGUAGUCACGAUUUCCUCUAUCAAUUCAAGAAAGUCCUGUGGAAUUGAGCUUAUGUUGUUGGGGUUACAUUUCCAUCUGCUCAACUACUGGAGCGUUUCUCCGCUCCGAUCGGCAGUUAUUGGCGUUUUUCCGUUCCCUGCCGAAGAAUUUUUGACCUUUAUUUAGAGUUUUGGUUGCUGAUGAUAGCGAAAGGAUCCCAAACGGGGACGUUUGAGCUAUUUUUUAUGUAUAUGCCUUAAAAGGUAGCUAGUGUCUAGGCCUUUUUAUGUUCAAUUGCGCUAUCAAGUCACAAAUGCUUCCCAUUGCUAUGCCAUCUGUACGCUUUCUUGCUUCCGUGUAACAGACCUCCCACCUGGCGUGUCUAUUAUUAGUCCCAACUUUUUGCAUCUGCCCCAUUCUUGAUUUGUGACCAGCGUGAAAAGAAGUUCCCGGGGUCCUGAUCACCGACCUUCCUCGAUACGGCGUCUUGAAUCCUCGCUCCAAAAGCACUACUCGCCUGACCAUUCUCCUUCAUUUGUCUCACCUGCGUGUUCGCCUUCAUCACACAAGGUAUCGCCCUCUCCCCUCCCUAUCAACUCGCACCUUCUUGAACCCUCUCAAAUUUCCUGCAUAUCGACCCCCCUCAAGGGUGCUCCUUUCACCUCCGAUGAGCACAUGUUCGCAGUUCAGACGCCCACCAAGGCAAUCGGAGAGUCCGAUUUGCAGUCAUUUCAUUUGAUUAGUCCACCGUCGGUAUUUCCCGCCUCGGCCUCUAAGUCAAGUCACCAACCAUCGAAUCCAUGUUUUCCCUCGGCCCCAUUAAAACCUCGCGCACUUUUCUCUACCACUGCGGAUGCGAUGUCGGCUUAUAAUGACGACAACCCACCAUUGUUCAGAGUAAUAAAACCCGAACAAGACUCGGUAAGUUGUAUUUUAUCAUGUGCCACUUCGACUGCUAUUUACAAACCCUCUGACAAAUAACAGACGCCAUCCCCUACACCUGCGUAACAGGUCAUCAUACUGUCUACCUCGCUUUCUUCACUAACGACCUGCUACAGUGGCCAGCCGAAUGCCAUAACCUCGGGCAAACUAAGCCCCUUUGACUAUGAAAAUCUCCUCUGACGCCGUUUACUACAUACUGCAUACCUUUAAAAAGUCGUCCCGUACGCUGUGAUACUCAUUUUGCCGAUGAUGUUCGAUAAUCAGCAAUACACUUUUCCACUGGCAUCAGCUUGCCUGCUAAAGUUUUAUACUUAAAAUUUCCAGCAGUUCUUCAAGUCCAUGUGGGCACCUGGUAGUUUCGCAGAUGUGUUCAGCCUGUUUUCGAUUGACCAGACCCUACAGCGUACUUCAUCUGUGUUUGAUACGUCCUUGACCCUGCCCUAUCUAAACCUACAUUUUCGGGGUGUCUUGGGAAAUCCUCCACGUAAGUAGAACCCUAACAUCAGUUUCGAUCUUUUAUUCGAGGUUAUCCACUUUAGCGCACGGUCACCACGGUACAGUGCCGUUGUCGGGUUUUGUAAUAUUUUAUGAAGGCCUAAACUCCCCACGUCCCGGAAGCUCUGGUGCUGCCGGUUUGCGAAUGCUUAUUUCCCAGUUAGUCUCCACUAGGGGGUUCUUCCACCGCAAUCCGUGUACUCGUGGGACAGCCAGUCAUGCAUGUAAACUGCGAACAGCAGUCGUGCCUGACUUUAGGACUGUCUUCCACUCAUGACAUUCGUAUGACUUCUGUCGAUCGGAGAAUGUCCUCGAAGACACUACAUCCUUGCCAAUAGAAGCGAAGAGACGAGUCCCAGGAAGCAGUCUUGAAGAAGAAGACACGAAUGCCGUAACCUCGCCGUCCCGGCGAUCGUGUCUUCUUCAACACUAUCCUUCCUGUUAUCUGGACCAACUAUUACUGGUAUUCUGGUGUGGAUGGCACCCAGUUCUGGGAGAAAAUCUUGUUUAUUAUCCAGAAAGCACCGUUUCAUCAACUUCGUCAGAGAUCGUUGAAACCACAAUAUGUGACUCUGGUCAAAGUCCCUUUCCUCAGGGUCCGACUUGCAGUGGUGUCCUUGCCGCGAUUAGAAGUUGUGUGGUCAGCUUCGUGAUUUUUUCAGCUCAGAUCGGUUUACAAACGUGGGAUAAAGCUCACUUUUCUUGACGUUCCUAACGAUAAGAGAGAUAUCCUACUACGCAUUUUACUGGCUUCUAGUGGUAUUUAGGCCAAAAGGCCAAAAUUUCGGUUUUAAUGGGCUAAGAGUCAGCAAAUAGUUAUCCUUGGCGACAAAAACUCAUCCUACGCAAAUCCGCCGGUCGCCUAUCACAGCAACCCUUGCCUUCUCAUGAUGCACUCCGUUUUCCGAACUUUCUUGGAGCGACGUAGGAUUUCUCGCUCUUCCUCUUAUAUGGGGCUUGCUUGGGUGCUGAAUGGGCAAAGCAGGGAGUUGCCCUAAUUUAUUAGGACAACACAGGCCAACAAGUCACCGAGCGUUGUAACACUGCUACUUCAUGCAAGGACGCUGGAGUGAGUUAUCCCAAUAAUGUCGUGAUGCGAUUCCGCCCUGCAAUCACUGCUGACUUACGGCUGAAGGCGCGUGAUUUAUGCCCACUCUACACUUGUAAGUUAUAGGCUACGUCUUUGGCCACUGCGGCCUCUAUAUCUUGCUGCUUUUGCGGCAUACCUUUCAAAUUAAUGCUCUUCACAUCUAUGGCCAACACAUCUCCGUGCGUUGCUUAGUUGCUGUGCCUUGGGUGCUUCUACUUAACUAUCUAAUGUAUAAAAAUGCCUGCGCCCCCUACCAUUAUAUAUAUAUAUAUAUAUAUAUACAUCUGCAAUUAUCCAUGGAAAUGGUAAUCAUUAAUCGUUCUGUUUGUUCUUACAGGACGCAAAAGUUUCGGCUGUCUGCUCCCCGAGUGUUAAAAUAAAGCGGUCCAGUUCACCACAAUCGCUUUCGUCUGAUCCAUCAAGCACUCAGCUCUCAUCUUCCUUCCUGCCUCCUAGACGCUCCCUGACACCUCUUUUUCCAAGCAACUGUAGUUCGGACUCGAUCGCUCUCCUUACAGCUAAAGCCACAGUCUGGAAUCGGGUACAAACAGCGAAAGAGGUCAACAAUAUCAUGAUGUCCUCGGGUUCGCGUAGAUUGACUUACAGUGCCUCUAAGUCCGUCCUUGAACCUGUAGUGCCAAGGACCAGGCGGAAUUCAUCGCCUUUUGCGUUUCCAGUCCAGCAACAACCACAGUUGAGCAUACGGCGGAUACUCCAAGUUGCAUCAGAAGUAUGUAUUUCCAUGAUGCAAUCGGUAGUCUGACUUGUAUAUCCCCUUGUGUUGUUUUCCGUAAUAAUCGACACCGUUUGUAGAACUGUAACACUACUUAAAAUUUUAGCCGUCUAACUCGCUUGAAUUUCCUUUCGAAUACUGCAGGACUAUAUUGAAAAUCCGGAUCUUUUUUGACACAUUAGUCCCAACGAAAUCUAGUUUUUAGGUUGUAACGCUUCUUACAUGCAAGUGGUUCCACAGUACUCAAGAAGUCGCAUCUGUGAGCAUGAAUAAUCCGAGGGAAGGGGACAUAGCGUAUUCGUCACUUACUGUUGAUCUUUCUGAACAUGCAGCAAGCUAGAAGGGGAAACGAGAGGUUUGCAGGAAACUUCAUGUUCUCUUGUCUACUAUUCAUGAAGACGAAGGAGGAAUUGAGACAAUGGGAAAUUAGCCGCCAGGACGUCAGAUAAGCCAAGCAGGCCUCUAGCAAAAUGGUAGGGCUCGUAUGCUUUCGUUCAGGGGGAUCGCAGGACAUGAGUACAUUCUUCGAGCUCCACUGAUAAAUAAGAUAUUUAAGCAGACCAGGCUGGUGUGUGUUGACUCGUUUUCAUUAACUUACAUCUCCCAUGUGAACUGGAUGGUUUUUUACGCUCCCUGCUGCCUAUUACUGAACUUAAGAUUCCUCUCGUGUCUCCUUUUAGAAAAUGCCAUUAAUUAGGCCAUAUCUCUUUACUUAGGAUCUUAAAUGUUCAGUUUUCACCCUUUAUAUUUUAAUAACUUUCAGUUAGCAUCUGAAUAUACUUUUAGACCGUCUGGCGCCGGGUAGCAUUGGGAACCAGCGGAAUUCAACGUGACGUUACUCACCUCGCACACCACCUUCUCGAGGACUCCCUGAGUGGGGACCACAAAUAA